AUGGUUCUUCAAGAUUUAGGUCGGCGCAUCAAUGCCGCCGUCACCGACUUGACGCGCGCCCCAAAUCUCGAUGAAAAGGCCUUCGACUCUAUGCUCAAGCAGAUUUGCUCCGCCCUCCUCGAAGCAGAUGUCAAUGUCCGUCUCGUCGGCCGGCUCCGAAAAGACAUCAAAGCCGCAGUCAACUUCAAAGACCUCCCCCCAGCAGUCAACAAGAAGCGCCUCAUUCAGAAAGCCGUCUUCGACCAUCUCGUCGACCUCGUCGACCCUCAUGCCGAACCCUUCAAGCCAAAGAAGGGCAAGUCCAAUGUCAUCAUGUUUGUCGGCCUUCAGGGUGCCGGCAAGACCACAACCUGCACCAAGCUUGCUCGCCAUUACCAAUCACGUGGCUUUCGCGCCUGCUUAGUUUGCGCCGAUACUUUCCGUGCCGGUGCCUUUGAUCAGCUCAAGCAAAAUGCGACCAAGGCCAAGAUUCCAUACUACGGCAGCUUGACGGAAACCGACCCGGCCGUCGUAGCCAAGGAGGGUGUCGACAAGUUCAAGAAGGAGAGGUUCGAGGUUAUCAUCGUGGAUACAUCUGGCCGUCAUAGGCAAGAAAGUGCCUUGUUUCAGGAAAUGAUGGACAUCCAGAACGCCAUCAAACCAGACGAGACCAUCAUGGUGCUCGACUCGAGCAUAGGGCAGCAGGCCGAGGGGCAGGCCAUGGCCUUCAAGGAAGCCGCCGACUUUGGCGCCAUCAUCAUCACAAAGACCGACGGCCAUGCUGCCGGUGGUGGAGCAAUCUCGGCCGUCGCUGCCACCCGCACACCCAUUGUCUUUAUCGGUACCGGAGAGCACAUGCUGGACUUGGAGCGCUUCGUACCCAAGAACUUUAUCUCCAAGUUGCUGGGCAUGGGUGACAUGGCUGGUCUGGUGGAGCAUGUCCAGUCGCUGAAACUGGACCAGAAGGACACGAUCAAGCACAUUACAGAAGGCAUCUUCACUGUGCGGGACUUGAGGGAUCAGCUGCAGAACAUCAUGAAGAUGGGCCCGCUAUCCAAGAUGGCGGGCAUGAUUCCCGGCAUGAGCAAUAUCAUGGCCAACAUGGACGACGAAGAAGGGAGCCUGAAGCUGAAGAGGAUGAUCUACAUCUGCGACAGCAUGACGGACAAGGAGCUGGACUCGGACGGCAAGAUCUUCAUCGAGCAACCGACGCGCAUGACAAGAGUGGCGCGGGGUUCUGGAACGACAGUCCGGGAGGUGGAGGACUUGCUGACACAGCAGAGGUUGAUGGCCGGCAUGGCGAAGAAGAUGGGCGGCAACAUGAAGAACAUGCAGAGGGCACAGAAUGCCAUGGGUGGAGGCAACAAGGCCCAACAGUUGGCUGCUAUGCAGAAGCGGUUACAGAGCAUGGGCGGCGCCGGCGGGGCUGGUGGUGGCAUGCCCGAUGUGGGCAGUCUGAUGAAGAUGCUUGGCGGCGGGGGCGGACCCGGGGGCGGCUUUGACAUGAACGCCAUGAUGAAGCAGAUGGGCGGCAUGAUGGGCGGAGGAGGAGGACGGGGCGGGAGGAGGUAG